CAAAUGAAGUUCAUUUUCCACAGCUGUUGGUGAUGGCGGAUGUUGUUGAUAAAGACACCAUGAAGAAUUACCACAUAGCGUCUGAGAAAAUUAACACAGCGACCUGUCGGUAUCCGUACUGUAUUGUUUGGACACCUAUCCCCGUGUUAUCAUGGCUGUUACCAUUUAUUGGUCACAUGGGAAUCUGCACAUCCACUGGUGUCAUCCGGGACUUUGCUGGACCUUACUUUGUCUCAGAAGACAACAUGGCUUUUGGAAGACCAACAAAGUACUGGAUGUUGGACGUUGGUAAAGUCUAUGCUAGCGGCUCCAAUGCCUGGGACACAGCAGUGCACGAUGCAUCAGAGGAGUAUAAGCACAGAAUGCACAACCUCUGCUGCGACAACUGUCACUCACAUGUCGCCAUGGCUCUGAAUCUGAUGCGAUAUGAAAACAGCACCUCUUGGAACAUGGUCAAACUCUGCCUCCUUGUACUGAUCCAUGGGAAACAUGUCAGCUGUGCAGGCUUUCUGAAGACCUGGCUGCCUUUCCUGAUGCUGAACGGCAUCAUCAUGACGGUAGCCCUGGCCCUCAAUCUGCGGUGACCUGGGAGGCAGAUUAAGGAGACAGUGGAGCCCCCUGCAGGUUGGACGAGGAGUUGACCUUUUAGACAACGGUGGGGAGAAUCCCAUUGUGACUUGCAAGUGUAAUCGAGGAGAUAAGAAGUAGCCGCCCUCCAGGAGGAGAUCGUCGAACAGGAAUGUCCCAACACGUACACCAACACAUGCUUGGUUUGUGGAGAAGCAGACAGCCUGUCACUGAAAUAUCUGCUGGUGAAGCUGGGAUGCCCUGCCGAUGGAAGUUCAUUUACAUUUAGCCGUUCAUUUUGGGAGAAGUAACCAAACAUAUCACCAUCUUCAAGACUACCUGAACCAAGCAAACACUCUCAAUGGAACGCGGCUUUUGAAAGGAUAACAGCAGGUUUAAGCAAUCCCCACCUGCAAAGUGUACAGGUUGUGUAGCUGUAUUAAUAGUUGAGGAAGGAGUACACGCUGGUCAUUGUUGAAUACUCAAAUGGGAAACACAUUCAUGCCUUGCUUAAACUUUGAUGACCUUUGUGAUGGAUUGGGAGAAUACUCCCAUCUUUCUGUGCUUCCAGAAUGCCAUUUUUAUACUGUGGAGCACAAACAUGAUAAUUCAAUUGGAUGCCUUUCUAGGGAAUUAAUGCAUUUCAUGCUUGAGCUAUAAUGUAGCUGUUCUACAGCCCUGCAACCUAAACCUAAAUAUUCCAGAGCAGUUUGUAUUUCUUUGCAUAUUAUAACUUGUAUUCAGUCUAACUCUGUAGGAUAUCAAAACAUCAUCAUCUUCUAAAAAGAGAUAUUUUUUCACCUGUGUAUUUUACAUGCAUUACAUGUUUCAACUCAUGGUACUACUUCAACAGGUUUACGAUAAGCAUUUUCAUAUGUUUACCUGCAGAUCGUCAGUGCAAUGAUUGUAGCAACCUCAAUGAAUGUGACUGUUGGUAGAUACCUAACAGAAAAGUAGGGCUGUACCUGAUUCUGCUUGUCAGUGGAAUCCAGUCUUCAUGAGUCUCAUGUUUAAACUGUAAGAUGCAUUUUUAUUCUAAGAUUUGAAAGUACUUUUAACAUUUCCAACAGACAAUUUUUUUAUUGUCUUAUCAUGUCACCUUGUUUGUAACUAGAAUAGUUAAUUGGAUGACUGAUUUGAGUCAGCUAUACUGGGUUUAAGCAGCUCUACUUGCAGCCACAUUGGUCAACUGUAUAGCAUUCAGAGAAACAUUGAUUUUUAAUACCACACUCUUAUUUGGGAUUUAUUCAUGUUUAAUUACCCACUCUGUUUGUUUUGGAGAGGAGGUGACCUUUUGCAGAAAUUCAGUCUUCUACAGGUUUUAAAGGCUUUUGAAGGUCGUCGUCUCGAUCCCCAGCUCCUGCAGCAAGACACUUAACCCUGAAUUGCUCCCUGAAUGCGUAUGAAUGGGAUUAGUUACUUCUGAUGGUGUCACUACAUAGCAGCCUCUGACAUCAGUGUGUGAAUGUGUAGGUGUGACCUGCGGUGUAAAAGCGCUUUGAGUAGUCAGAAGACUAGAAAAGCGCUGUACAAUCUCAAGUCCAUUUACCAUUUAAGAAAGAUACAGCUCCUUCGGUUGUUUAUAUUGUGCCAAAUGUUGGAGUUCAGGAGACGUACUCAAACUGUGCCCCUUAAAAUCAGAGUUAUUUUUGUAACAAGUGGACAGCUGGUGGCUUGAGAUUUUCAGAGUUAUGAAACCUGGUCUAAUCUUUUUGUUUUAGUGAAGAGAAGUUCUGAUAAUUACAUUUUGAUUUUAUGGAAAGAAUAAAGAGUCAGUGCCUAAAAAGACCUCGAUCAUACAUCUCUCAUGUCUUCUACUUUCAGUCAUGUAUGCAUUUAAAAAGAAAACUAAACUCCAUAUAACGGUUGGCACUCAAAAUCCGUUGCCAUGGCUGUAGUGAGUAGAUUCAAAUCCCCUUAUUGUUUGCAAUCAAACAGAAAAAAAGUGUUGAGCCCCUCUUUGUCCGUGUCGCUGCCAGAAGCAGCAGGUAGCCAGGAUCCUCAGGUUUUUCACACUCAUUGACUCCUGCUGAAUAUCCUCCGCUCAGCCGAGAGCCGGAGCAGCGUCAUUCCUGCUGUUUUCCACCUCUGCUGAGCAGAUCUGAAAGUCAGCACUGGUUCACAAAGUUGUGAUGUAUACUGGCCAAUGAUCCAAAGUAGAUAUCUUAAGUGUCAGCUUAUGAAUAAAAAAUGUUUUAUUUUCUGUUUGAAGGGUUCGAACAGUGCCAGUUUUCUAGACUUUGGCUUUCUGUUGAAAGCAGAUACUCUGUGGCCUCUUGUGUGUAUCUCACCCAUGUUGCCUGUAAAUAUUUGAACACACAUUACUAUGUACACCAGGUGCUCUUUAUAUACUUUGCAAACUUGAUGCUCACUCUUCAGAUUUAUCCUUUGAAUUAUUUACUGUAUAAUAUUUGUUCUUUAUACUCUGUAUUAUUUCUGCCCUGCAGUGAAGCAGAAUUGUGCCUGAAUAAGUGUGUGAUUGUGUGUGUGUGUGAUAGUCAUGCACACAGCGAGAGAGCACGUGAUGGCAUGCCAGCAUGUAUGUACUGCGUGCAUGCAAGAAUAAUGGUGUUGGAGAGAGAAUUUGGACUCAUACUGUGGCUUCUUUAUUAAUUAUCAGCUGCAUUUCACUGCAGCCAACUGCCUACUGACUAAUUUCUUUAUCACUGCACAUCUUUAUCUUAAUAUCUUUCAAAUUGUAUGUGAUUUCUGGUAAACCCUGGGAGAAUAAAUAAUAAACUAGACUACAACAGGA